UGGCCGAUCACCCUUGUGGCUAAUGGCCAUUCUCUGUGGGAAGAAGAAGAAGUAGUAGAACUCGAUGGACUAGAGACAUCGUCAAUGAACGUCCACUACUUACCGCAGAAAGCGCCUCUCUGGUAACAAAAAAAAAAGAAAAGAAAUACGACCAUCAAAACCAUCAAAAAAGCGACAAAGACACUCACUUGGACGGAAAGCCGUUUCAGUCGGCCUGGAGGCGCUUCCAGCGUCAGAAGUCCAUCUGUGCCCAACUGUGAUCUCAUAAGUGUACAUAGGCGCCCAUCACUUAGGUGUACAUUGCCAUACCAGAUCCGGUUUAUAUGCGGAGAGCCUAAAUCUUCUCUAUACACCUCCGCACGCUGAAAUGGAAAGCCCUGACGUAAAAAAGCCUACUGUGCCAAGUGCGGGCAACAGUGGAGGUCGGAAGGUGAAUACCUCCAAGAGUACAAGAACGCCAGACGGAGGUCAGCAGCCUACGGACAAAGGAACAUUAGAAGCCAAAAUUGGGCCUACCGAUAACCAUCCCAAUGAGCCCACAAGCACGCAAGACGCCAGUAAUGCAAAGCAGCCCAGUGCAUCAAAGGACUCGAAGGACAGCAGACACGAGCUGAGCGCAGUUCGGGACGUCGGAGCGCCACAGGCCGUGAAAGAUCAGAAACCAAAGGGGCCUACCGCAACCGAUAGCGGCAGACACCCCGACGAUGGCAUCGAACCCGGAACACCACCUGAACCAUCCAAAGCAGUGGAAGUUGCUCCUCGUAAAGGGGGACGUGACCUGGUAGGUGUGUCUCAACCACCAUCGCACGAGAGACGCAAAAGCAUCGCACAAGAAAUUCUGCAGGCGGCCACCUGGCCCUCAGUUUGCAUUGAGGGUCAACCUGCGGAAAUAGCCGUCGGCCCGGACGGUCCCAUCCUAACCAUAUUACCUCCUUGGCCUGAAGCGGUGGAAGAUGCACCGCUUUCUGGCGCCCUCUCGCCGGCUGAAACAGUAUCAUCGGACAUACACGACGUCCUGUCGCCAUCGGGCCCAUCGGGAAUAACGUCGCCCGCUACAACAACGGGAGAGUCGACGGUGCCUCCUCUCAGCAGUUCGCCUUCCAGGUCGCCUUCCAGUUCAUCACCAGGCAGACGAUGGGGUUCACGCUCUCCAGGCUUGUCAACGUCCGGACUAAGUGAAACGUUUUCAGACCUGAGUGACGAGGAUCAAACAUCUCAAAACCGUAGGGAGUGCUGCUUCAUUGCAUCGCUAGCUCUCAUCAUCUUUCUUGUAGUCCUGCUGGUUAUCCUUUGGUAUAUGCUGAAUAACAAAGUCGUUGAAGAAAACACAGCGGAGGAGGAAAGGCGCAGGCCGCAGCUCAAGCAGUUCUACUGCGAUACGCCCCUCUGCAAGCGCUUCAGUCGUGACGUCGUCGGGUACCUAAAGUGGUCGAGUGCCCCUUGCUUGGACCUGUUCAGCUUCGUCUGCGGUGGAUUCCGGAAAGAGGCCACCAACGAACUGUACGGGGCGGCGACGCCCAACGACAUGUACAGCCGAAUCGACAAUCAUAUUGAGGAUAAAUACAUCGAGGAUCGAUUCAACGAGUUCGAGAUAUAUCGAGAACCUGUGAUAAACAUGGCGGAACUUGGGGAGUCAACCAUGGGCGUAUGCUUACGGACACACAUGGCCACAGUUCCAGCUGACAUUAAGGAGUACGGGGACGUCAGUGCUUUACCUUACAAACCAUCGUGGCACAUCCGUCCAGCAGGCGGCCUCUUCACAAACUUCUUUACCAUAAUGGGACCGGCCAAGUUGAUGUACUCCGUGUUCCCGAAAAAGCUAGGAGUACCCAGAGGACCUCAUGUGUACCCACUGGAGCCGCUCGCUCCUCGCGUUCUGUACGAAUCGGAGACAUUCAGGCAACACUUCAAGGCUGCCAUAACCGACAUAGUAAAGGAAGUGUCCACUAUAAGUGUCACCGGACGCGCGUUCAACUUCUCAUUCAACGCGCUGUGGGACCUCCAGAAGAUACUACCGGAUCGCAAAGUAGAUCUCUUCAGCGCUGGGUAUAUCAGAAUGGAACUGCUCAAGAUCAGCAAUGCGCCACUUGCAAAAGAGAUCAUGGACUAUUAUAACAUUCAAUCAGAGCGCGACCAGAAAGUUGUUAUACACUACAGUUCGUAUUUCGACAAAUUCAGCCGCCUCAUGGGUAAAUAUGGUCACUCUGGCACCCGUGGCGCGUCCAUUUUGCAUGGCUCCCUGCUGAGAGGCGUCAUGGACAAAAGACCGCUGAGCAGCAAGCUUUAUAUGAUGAUGAAACGAGGAAUAUACGGCCCUGUAAGCGAUAAGAGGCUAUGCAUCGAGAGCUUGGGAGAGUACCAGAGAGCUUUCCAAUUCGACCUGCUCAGGGAAUACAUGCACACGGACGAGCUGGCUGAGCUCAUGAGAACUCAGCCUGUAACAGAGCAGAUCAAGUCUAUCGCCUUGAGGGUGAUCAACAGCUUGAACAUAUUUACGGACGACGAAAGAGCCACUGCUCAAAAUAAGGUGGGCGAUCUCAAAAUCUUCUACCUUUAUCCUGACGUCAACGUGUCAAGGACAGAGUCCGUGGAAUACCCGUUCUCGACGGAACACAUGGCCGAUCAGCCAACUCGCGACGUUCAUGGGAAUUAUCGACAGUCUAUCAACAUGACACUAUACGCCCAGCAAUACGUGCUCCCCGAGGAUGACCUUAGGUGGACGUACAUGGAUCCUCUGGACAGGGACCCGACCUACUAUCCAGAUCUGAAUACGCUUCUCAUCACACCGCAAUCAAUGCAACGCGUUCUUGAGACAAUGAAGUACCUGGAAAGAGUCAUACCCGUAGACAUGCCGAUGUACAUGUUUCCCGCGGCACGAGAAAUGUUUCAUGCCUAUGGCUACCUAGGUCAAACUAUAGAUGAUUCGGGAGUCCUUCGAACGUGGUACAGCAAUACUACCCGGAAAAACUACGACGAAAUUAAGGAUUGCUUCGAGACCUUACUCAAGAGAUACAAGAUGAAUUACACGGAAUACGAUAUUCACGAUAUCAUCGCGGAGACAGCAAUACUGAACCCUAUUUUCGAGCUGUACAGAUCGCAGACAAGAAGCCGACGCCACAUACAUAAAGCUAGGGCGUCUGAAAGUUUUCUGGGUGACCUUCCCUACUUCACUUCAGAUCAACUGUUCAUCAUUGCACUGGCGACUAAUCUUUGCGAGAAAUACUUGCCCGAACAUCUAGAAAUCAUGAGGGAGAUUGGUAUGCGCACAGCACGCACCAAGGUGAACUUCCUGUUCAAGAACUGGGAAAAAUUCGGUAAAAUCUUCGACUGUCAGCCCGGUGACUACAUGGUAGGGGAUACCUUCUGCAGAGCUUCCAUUCCGUCGGCUUACCCACCGCCGCAAUAAACACAAUUUCAAUUUU